CUGAAUAUUCAUAUAGCCCAGAACAAUGUUGGUCUGGGGCUUUCAAGUUCUAUCUCAAAGAGCAGCAUCACAAACGAGUUGAGCUCUAAACCUUUGAUUUGAAUGACCUCGACAGUAGAUCCCUCCUCUCUCUUCCUUCAGUCUGUCAGUUGAAUUCAUCCUGACAGGAGGGUCCUCUGUGGAUCCGGCAGCAGCCUGAGUUUUUUUUGCGGACAGUCCGUCUGUCCGUCAGUCCCACUGAGCUGUGCUGUUGUCAGUGGCCCCUGGUGGAGCUGUUGCUGCUGCUGAGCAUGUGCUCGGCUGCUCCACAGGACAGAAGGGACGCUUCCCAUCAACACACAGGUUGCGGGCAUGGAUCGCUGAGCGCACGGCUCCGACUCAAGAGCGCUGUCACCAAGCUGUUAUUCAUCCCUGCGUCAUGGAGGCUCAGCCUGGUGCAUCAUGGGAGCUCAUCAACGGUGUGACAGAUACAAUAUAUGAGGGCUGAGAGGUCGCCAUGGAGACUGACAGCUACACCUCAGGCCCAGCCACCACUGACUGGGCUGGGCCGGUGGCCGGCCUGGAGGGAGUGCUUCAGGAGCAGGGAGGAGGGGGUCUCCCCAGCAGCCCGGCGUCCUGGUACACGCCUUACUCGAUGGGCUUCCAGGUGUCGCUCACCGCCUUCCUUAUGCUGGAGCUGGUGUUGGGUUUCAGCAGCAACCUGACGGUGCUGGUGCUCUACUGCUCUCAAUCCAAUUUAGUGGACUCGGUGAGCAAUAUGGUGACGGUGAAUCUGCAUGUGCUGGAUGUGGCGGUGUGUGUGCUGUGUCUACCCCUCACUCUGGUGGUUGUGCUGCUGCCGCCAGGACCCAACCUGGCGCUGCUCUGCUGCUUCCAUGAGGCCUGUGUCACCUUUGCCAGCAUAGCCACAGCCAUCAACAUCCUGGUCAUCAGCUUGGACCGAUAUGACAUCUCAGUGCGGCCGGCCAAUCGGCUGCUGACCACACGUAGAGCAACGCUGCUCCUGGCUGCUGUUUGGGUCACCUCGGUAGCUGUGUUUUUUAUCCCAUUCUUGGAGGUGCAGUGGUCCAGUGGAGAUGGAGCAGAGGAGAGAGGGCAGGUGACACCCUUGUCGUUGUCCUCACAUGGUAUCAGCGCCACCGUGGUGCCAGCGUGGCGUAACCAGACACUGCUGUGUGUUGGCGGGCAAGGCUACCACACAGGCCUGGGUAUGUAUUACCAUCUUAUCCUGCAGGUACCCAUUUUCUUCACCACAGUGGCAGUCAUGCUGUUCACCUACUCCAGAAUACUGCGGGCUUUAAACAUUCGCAUUGGCUCCCACAUGAAGAAGGGCCAGCGGUUUAGGGGGCACCCCAAGAGACCGAAAAAAAAGACGAUGCUCAGGAUGAAGGAUGGCGGGGAGGUGGGAGGGGAGCAUUGCACCACAGAUGGUACCAAACAGCUCAGCCACCCUCCCCUCAUCCCUUCCCCGUCCCCCACCCCCACAGCUACCUCCCCCCCUGCCCUGUCCUCUACCGCCCCGCUCGUCACCUCUGACACAGGCGCUGCAACCGCCAUGCCCACCACCAUGGGUGUCCAGGCAUCUGUGUCGGCCAUUAUUGCCCUGAGGCGGGCAGUGCGGCGACACAGGGAUCGUCGAGAGCGACAGAGGCGGGUGUUCAAGAUGUCCCUCAUCAUUAUCACCACCUUCCUGUGCUGUUGGGCUCCCCUCUCUGUGACCAACGUGCUGAUUCUAGGCAUAGGCCCCAGUGACGCCUUGGUCAGCCUACGGCUCUGGUUCUUAGCUUUGGCCUAUGGCACCACCGUGUCCCACCCUCUGCUCUACGCCUUCACCCGACAGAAGCUACGCCGUGCCCUCCGUGCUAAGGUUAAGAAGAGGGUGGUGUCCCUGCUGCAGGUAGACCCUUCACCAGGGGGCACCGUCAUACACAACUCCUGGGUGGAGAACAGAAAAACCAGCCGGCAGGUGCGGCUAGAAGCAAGCGAAGGCACUGACCGCUGCCUGGCAGAGGUCCUGUGAGACUUACUGACUGAGUGUAAUUAAAAACCAGAAUUGAGUCACAGGUGUGUUCAAUAAUGAAACUCACUGGUGCGUGAAGCCAGUGUAAGAAAUGUGAAAAACACAUUUCCACCUCUGGGAGAUGAUUUAAUGUAACCACCAGCAGCAAGCUCAUGCUAUACACAGCUAACGUUCACCUCAGGCAGCAGUGAGAGCAGGAUGCAGUCGACACUGUGGUGCACACAGCCUCUGAAGAAAUCAGACAACAGCAAACACACAAGUGUAUAUAAUUUGCACUCUGUCAAAGUCUGUUUUCAUAUGGAGUUGUAUGAUAGCGUUAGUUAUAUGAGCGUUACAGUGGUGCUUACCUAACUGCUCCAAAGAAUGUGUUUAGCCAGCAGAUGAUCUGAUCUGCCACCCACACAAAUGCUCCAAGGCAGCUUUAAAAACAUGUUAAUAGACUUUUAACAAAAUAAUACUCACAAAACUCUUUGAAUGUAUUUAAUAUUGUCUCUGCCUUAAUUUUGCUCUGAUGUAUAUUCUGAACUAAAAGUUGGAUAUUUAAAAGCAAGCCCAGUAAUGAUAUGAUGAUGGGAUGUAAAUGGUCAGGGUUUAGGAAGGGAACAAGUCGGAGAAUAAUUAAAGGCUAGUCUGAAAUAUUAAAUGCAGUUUUGCUUUAUCUUAAGUAGUUAUUAAACGGUCAAUGUUACAGUGUUUAAAAACUCUUUCAUAUAAAUGCAUCUCUUUUUCUCCCAAGUUUGUAUCAAAUGGUGCAAUGUCUUAUUGAUGUUUAUUGUGUACUGCUUGGAGAAGGUAAGCACAUUAAUUAGUUUGUCAAAUUCAAAUUUUGGGAAACUGGAUUCUUGCAGAGAUUUAGAUAAGGUGAUAGAUUUCACUCUGGAAUGCGUUGUGAAGCUACAGCUAACAGUUAGUUAGCUGAGUUAUCAGCUAGCACUAUCUAGCUUGCUUGGUUGGUUGGUUGGUUGGUUGGUUAGCAAAAUGCAAAAAUGAACAGUCAGCAAACUCCUUAGAAUGUCCUGUAGUACAGCUGAUGAAGACAUUUUUAGGCAACCAAAAGGUUUCUAUUAACUUUCAUGCACUGAAAGGGUUUGAAAGUUUAAGACAAAAACACAGAAAUGUGCUGUGAAGCUGCUUCUCAAUCACAAGGUAGCCCCAACCUAAAGCAUGCCCUGCUUUAUUGUCUAUUUUACUCUAAUUGGGAACAUAAUUUACAAAAUUAGCAUCAUGCUGUACUGAAGAAGCCUUAAACUAGCGGAUGGGAACAUAAAGACAUUGGGGAAAUGUUUCCUGAGGUAAUAAAUCAAGGGAGAACCAGGGUAAGGUUUUCUCAUAGACUUCUACAGAACUGGACUUCUUUGCAGCCAGGUGCUGGUUUGAGGCACUUCUGCAUUGACCUCACUUUUUAGCCCAGGAGGUUGCUGCUUGGUUUUAAGUCUUUAUACCAAGCUAAGCUAAGAUAACCAGCAGCUGACUAACUUCAUAUUCAGUGUACAGACAUAAGAACGCUAUGAAACUUGUCAUCAAACUCUCACCAAGACAGCAAAUAAGCCGCUUUCCCCAAACUAGUCCUUUGAAUAUUACAACAAAAAAGAAUUUUAUUGUUUAUUAAAUGUUGACAUAAUUAUGGGUAAGGUCAGCUGGCCGUGCUACAAUAGCUAGCUCGGAUGACACUGUAAAAUGGAAAGGACAAAAUAACAGGAAAACCACUCAAUAUAAUGCAGUCCAGUACAUCCCCAAAAACUACAAUCUCAAAGAGUUUAAUCAGCACCUCUAUGACAUAUUGUCAACAAAAACUGAAUAUACACAGCCUUAAGAAAAAGAGUAUUCAUUGCAGGUCUAUUUAUUUGGAUUGCAUUAUAUUUCAGGUGUCCCUGUGGUUUAGUCCUAUUUUGAAUUAACAUCCAUGUACAUGUUGUAAAUACUGACCAGAUUAAAUUGAUUUCAUGCAAGAUCCACAGUACAAGUCACUUGGUCUGUAUGUGAUUUCAGACUGACUUUUCUAGAUUUAGAGGAGUGUUUCAGUUGCAGCUGGUUGUCCAAACAUGUGGUCCCAUGGGUCAACUCAACCUUAGUGUCCAGCAAACACAAGAGAGUAACUGUCACUGCAGCCGAGCGCUGACAGAUCGUGGGAUUAUUAAUAGUGUUUCCUGUUGACUUUGUUCUACCUGCUUGUGUGUUCACCGCUCUGACGCUGUACUCACACUGGGACACACACGAUUGAUGUGUUCUUGAAUGUAAACACAUGAAAUGAAUAUAUAUUAUACUGUAUGUACACCAAGAAUAUGCUAUCUUUAUAGGUUUUCUUCAUGGUGUUGUUUUUUUGUGAAUGUAUCACCAUGCAAUGUUGAAUUAUAUCAAUAAAUAUAAAAAAUACUGAGCUCUGGA